AUGAUCCGUGGACUGAUCCUCAUCCUUCUGGUGGCCUUCGUCCUGGCUGACGACGUCGAGAAGCAGCUGGAGCAGGUACCAGAAGCUCCAGAAGAAGUUCACACGGACCAGAAGAAGCCGGAAGACGUCGUCGUCGUUGGAGAUUCACAAGACGUCGAUAUAAACCAGAAGAAGCCGGAAGACGUCGUCGGGAGUCCAGAAGAGGUCAAAGAAGGCCAAGAAGAAGGUGACUCAUCGAGUGACGUCAUUCUCCGAGCCAAACGGUACUACGGCUGUUGUGGCUGCGGAGUUUCUCCGGCUCCGAUGGGCGGUUGCGGAUGUUGCGGAUAA